AUGUGGAUGCCUCCAGGGCAGAAUCAAAGCUGGGUUUCUGAAUUUAUCCUGCUUGGCUUCUCCAAUGACCCCACAUUCAACAGAACCCUCUUUGUUGCCUUCCUUCUCCUCUACCUGAGCUCAGUGCUGGGCAACGGGCUCAUCGUCACCCUGAUCUGCCUGGAUACGCAUCUUCACACUCCCAUGUACUUCUUCCUUUGUAUCCUCUCCCUGCUGGACAUGGGCUACGUCACCACCACCAUGCCGCAGAUGUUGCUGCAUCUUCUUGCACAUUCUCACACCAUCUCCUUUGCUGGCUGUUGGAUACAGAUGUAUGUGUUCAGUGCUCUGGGCUUGUCUGAGUCUAUCAUCUUUGUAGUCAUGGCUUAUGACCGAUACGUAGCAAUCUGCUACCCACUGCAUUAUACUGUCAUCCUCAACUGGAGUCUGUGCACACGGCUGGCAGGUGGGACCUGGGCCUGUGGUUUCUUCUUUUCUCUAAUUCAUACUUUCCUCACCAUGAGGCUGCCAUACUGUGGGCCCAACGUGGUCAACCACUACUUCUGUGAAGGCCCCUCAGUACGAAGCUUGGCUUGCGUGGAUACCCACCUCACUGAGAUGGUGGACCUUGUCAUCAGUGUGUUCAUGGUUGUUGCCCCACUUUCCCUCAUUUUGGCCUCCUACAUCCGUAUUUCCCAGGCUAUUCUCAAGAUCAAGUCCAUGCAGGGCCGCUGCAAGGCUUUCUCUACCUGUGCUUCCCACCUGACUGUGGUCACACUCUUCUAUGCUCCAGGCACUUAUAUCUACAUGAGGCCCAACUCCAGCUAUUCUCAUGAGCAAGACAAGCAGGUCUCACUCUUUUACAAUGUCUUCACUGCUCUACUCAACCCUGUGGUCUACAGUCUGAGGAACAAGGACAUCAAAUGGGCUUUUCUCAAAAUCAUGGGGCAGAGUCGGCUGGCCUGUUGA